AUGGGUCCGUCCAUGACACUGCCGUCAGCUGACCUCACGCCUGCAGAGUUUAGAAAGCGCGGGAAAGAGCUCGUGGACUUCAUAGCAGACUAUUUGGAGGGAUCACGUGACCGACCGGUAAGUUAAAAAGCCUAAAUUAAAAUAUCAUGGGACUUCAUUCAGCAAUCACACAAAAUGUCAUCAAACAUUAUGUUACAUAAUGCAUCCCACAACAAUAGUAAGAGACAAAAAUAGCCUUAAACACAUACGCGAAACCACUGCCGCAUAUAUACGACACUACUGCCACACGUUUACGAAACCCAGAGCCGGCCUUUAGGGUGUGCGACCUGUGACACCACUGCCACAUAAAUACGACACUACUGUCACAUAUAUUAUACGACACCACUUACACACAUUCACGACACCACUUACACACAUUCACGACACCACUUACACACAUUCACGACACCACUUACACACAUUCACGACACCACUUACACACAUUCACGACACAACUUACACACAUUCACGACACCACUUACACACAUUCACGGCACCACUUACACACAUGCAACAUAAACUAACACUCGUCAUUGUUUCCUCCUGCCUUCAGGUCAACCACUCGGCCAUACAGGGUUUCCUGUUCAAGAAGAUGCCUAAGAUUCCACCCAAGGACCCAGUGUCCAUGGACGAGGUGUACAAGGACAUCAAAGAAUUCAUCUUCCCGGGGGUCAGUUGGGGGGGGGGGGGGCCCUAAGGGGAUGUGAGAUCGGGGGAGAGGCGUUGGGGGGGGGGGCCUCGCUAUGAGCAGUAUGACAGGUGUCAUGAUGGCAGUAUGUCAAUGAGGGGACUGGAAAUCUAAGAGUCUGGCAUCGUGUAGGUGUAGGUAGUGUCAUUGCAAAUAGGUGUCUACGUCAAGGGUGGACGUAUCUAUGUCAAGGCUUUGGCAUGUCCAUGUCAGGGAUGGGAGUGUCUAUGUCAAGGGUGGGCGUGCCUAUGUCAAGGAUGGGCGUGUCCAUGGCAAAGGUGGACGUGUCCAUGUCAAGGAUGGGGGUAUCCAGUGGUGGUGGCAUUUGUACUAGUGGUCCACUUCUGGGGUACACCUAUGACAAAGGUGGGCGUCACAUAACAUCAGAUUGUGUUUUUGUUUCUUUCCGUCUAGAAGGGGACCCGGCAACUUGGCCGUCACAGUGGGCUUUUGGGGUUGGGUUGUAGUGGGCUUGUAGUGGGCUUGUAGUGGGCUUGUGGUGGGCUUGUAGUGGGCUUGUGGUGGGCUUGUGGGGUUGGGUUGUAGUGGGCUUGUAGUGGGCUUGUAGUGGGCUUGUGGUUACAUAAUAUAUAAUUAUUCUACGUCAGUGGUGGCAGUAUGUUAUAGCUGCGUUAUUAUGUGUGGUGGUUUUGUAGAGAAGGCAGCACUAGGGGCAUAACAUCAUUGCAUGACUUGCGUCACUGACAGAUUCCACAAUGGCAGAGCCCCAAGCAUCACUCCUUGCUACCAGCAGGAGGAUCCUACGCCAGUCUGCUGGGCAGCAUGCUGUGUGACGGACUGGGCUGUGUGGGCUUUACAUGGGUGAGUAUUGGAUGGGAUUUACAUGGGUGAGUAUUGGAUGGGAUUUACAUGGGUGAGUAUCGGAUGGCAUUUACAUGGGUGAGUAUUGGAUGGGAUUUACAUGGGUGAGUAUUGGAUGGGAUUUACAUGGGUGAGUAUUGGAUGGCAUUUACAUGGGUGAGUAUUGGAUGGCAUUUACAUGGGUGAGUAUUGGAUUGGAUUUACAUGGGUGACUAUUGGAUGGCAUUUACAUGGGUGAGUAUUGGAUUGGAUUUACAUGGGUGAGUAUUGGAUGGCAUUUACAUGGGUGAGUAUUGGAUUGGAUUUACAUGGGUGAGUAUUGGAUGGCAUUUACAUGGGUGAGUAUUGGAUGGGAUUUAGAUAGGUGAGUAUUUGGUGGGAUGCAAAUUUAUGGAAUUUAUGUUGGUAUUACAUUAGUAAAAUAUUGUGUGAUUUACGCUGAAAAGGUAACGGUGUGGUUUACAUAGCAAAGUUAAAGAUGUGGUUUACAUAGAAAAGUUAAAGAUGUGGUUUACAUAGAAAAGUUAAAGAUGUGGUUUACAUAGAAAAGUUAAAGAUGUGGUUUACAUAGAAAAGUUAAAGAUGUGGUUUACAUUAGAAAAGUUAAAGAUGUGGUUUACAUAGAAAAGUUAAAGAUGUGGUUUACAUAGAAAAGUUAAAGAUGUGGUUUACAUUGAAAAUUUAAAAAUGUGGUUUACAUAGAAAAGUUAAAGAUGUGGUUUACAUAGAAAAGGCAUAGAUGUGGUUUACAUGGAAAAGGCAUAGAAUUGGUUUACAUAGAAAAGUUAAAGAUGUGGUUUACAUAGAAAAGGCAUAGAUGUGGUUUACAUGGAAAAGUUAAAGAUGUGGUUUACAUAGAAAAGUUAAAGAUGUAGUUUACAUAGAAAAGUUAAAGAUGUGGUUUACAUAGAAAAGUUAAAGAUGUGGUUUACAUAGAAAAGGCAUAGAUGUGGUUUACAUAGAAAAGGCAUAGAUGUGGUUUACAUAGAAAAGUUAAAGAUGUGGUUUAAAUAGAAAAGGCAUAGAUGUGGUUUACAUGGAAAAGUUAAAGAUGUGGUUUACAUAGAAAAGUUAAAGAUGUAGUUUACAUAGAAAAGUUAAAGAUGUGGUUUACAUAGAAAAGUUAAAGAUGUGGUUUACAUAGAAAAGUUAAAGAUGUGGUUUACAUAGAAAAGUUAAAGAUGUGGUUUACAUAGAAAAGUUAAAGAUGUGGUUUACAUAGAAAAGUUAAAGAUGUGGUUUACAUAGAAAAGUUAAAGAUGUGGUUUACAUAGAAAAGUUAAAGAUGUGGUUUACAUAGAAAAGUUAAAGAUGUGUUUAAAUAGAAAAGUUAAAGAUGUGGUUUACAUAGAAAAGUUAAAGAUGUGGUUUACAUAGAAAAGUUAAAGAUGUAGUUUACAUAGAAAAGUUAAAGAUGUGUUUACAUAGAAAAGUUAAAGAUGUGUUUACAUAGAAAAGUUAAAGAUGUGGUUUACAUUAGAAAAGGUUAAAGAUUUGGUUUACAUAAAAAGUUUAAGAUGUGUUUACAUAGAAAAGUUAAAGAUGUGUUUACAUAGAAAAGUUAAAGAUGUGGUUUACAUAGAAAAGUUAAAGAUGUGGUUUACAUAGAAAAGUUAAAGAUGUGGUUUACAUAGAAAAGUUAAAGAUGUGGUUUACAUAGAAAAGUUAAAGAUGUGGUUUAUAUAGAAAAGUUAAAGAUAUGGUUUACAUAGAAAAUUUAAAGAUGUGUUUACAUAGAAAAUUUAAAGAUUUGUUUACAUAGAAAAGUUAAAGAUGUGGUUUACAUAGAAAAGUUAAAGAUGUGGUUUACAUAGAAAAGUUAAAGAUGUGGUUUACAUAGAAAAGUUAAAGAUGUGUUUACAUAGAAAAGUUAAAGAUGUGGUUUACAUAGAAAAGUUAAAGAUGUGUUUACAUAGAAAAGUUAAAGAUGUGUUUACAUAGAAAAGUUAAAGAUGUGUUUACAUAGAAAAGUUAAAGAUGUGGUUUACAUAGAAAAGUUAAAGAUGUGGUUUACAUAGAAAAGUUAAAGAUGUGGUUUACAUAGAAAAGUUAAAGAUGUGGUUUACAUAGAAAAGUUAAAGAUGUGGUUUACAUAGAAAAGUUAAAGAUGUGGUUUACAUAGAAAAGUUAAAGAUGUGGUUUACAUAGAAAAGUUAAAGAUGUGGUUUACAUAGAAAAGUUAAAGAUGUGGUUUACAUGGAAAAGUUAAAGAUGUGGUUUACAUAGAAAAGGCAUAGAUGUGAUUUACAUGGGUUUGUUGGUGUACAGUGUUCAUUUUAAUGUGAUUUGUUUUUGAUGAUGUGUUUCCUCCUGUACACAUACACACAAACACUCACUCUCUCUCCAUCUAUCUCUUUCUCUCUCUCUAUCUCUCUCUCUCUAUCAUACACAUAUAAACGCAAACAUAUACGUAUACAAAAACAAACAAUAAAUUAAGUUGACGACAUAUUGUGUCCAUCAUAUUGAACACCAACGUCCUAAGAGGGACGUGGCUUUCAGUUGACCUGGUCUCAAUACAUUGUUUUCUUUUCGGUGUCAGCGUAGAAGAGGAGGUGGGGGUGGUUUUGUUGCAACUGUUGGGACAGUGUAACAACGCCUCUGUUGUUGGCAAUGUAUUACAUAUAGAUAUAGAUGGAUGGAUGGAUGGAUGGAUGGAUGGAUGGAUGGGUGGAUGGUGGGUGGAGGGAUUGAUCGAUCGAUCUAUCGAUGGUUAGAUUGAUUGAUUUGAUAACGUUAUCACUGCGUGACCACAUGGUGCUGAGUAGCAAUGUCCUCUGCAGGCAGACUGUCCGGCGGCUACUGAGUUGGAGAUGCUGGUCAUGAACUGGCUGGCCCACCUCAUCGACCUGCCCAAAGAUUUCCAUUUCUUCGGUAAAGGGUCAGCUUCAGGUGGAGGGGGCAUAAUACAGGUAAGAUGGUACAGGUGUAUUGAGAAGUAUGCAUUUCACUCACUGUAAAAGUGCCGCAUGGGCUCAAUAUUACAGGUGGGAGUUAUCUUAUAAGGAAAUAUCAGUUAUACUACAAGUCAAGUGUUAUGUUAUGGCCACACUCACCAACAGUCCCCGCCUUACAUUCCAAUGAAAUACUUCCCUUAACACUUCUAACAAUCAAGAACACCCUACUCCAAACAGGGGCGUAGCAGACUGGAGGGGGCGGGACAUGGAACCCUCUGCGGGUGUCAAAAAUGUCUACCUGUUAUAAAACUGUAAAGCACAGCAACCCCCCCCCCUCCUUAACCCCUGUCUAAACAAGUCACCUACGCCCCUACGAGUCCAAAUAACUCCGUGGGUUAAAAGUCCUUCCUACGUGUCCCCUAUUGUCCAGACGAGCACAACUGAAGCCUUGCUGACCGUUGCCGUGGCCGCCAAACGCAUCAUGCUGGACUAUCUGAAACUGACCAACCCCGAGGUCAGCGAGUGGGCGCUGCAGGAGAAGUUCAUGGUCUACUGCUCCGAGCAGGUAAAUUGUCCCCCAAUUCGUAUGCCAUUGGUGUUAAGUUAAUUUACCCACACUUCUUUUGCCUUGAUGCUAAGUGAAUUUACCCACAAUUCUUGUUCCUUGAUACUAAGUGAAUUUAUCCAAAAUUCUUUUGCCUUGAUGCUAAGUGAAUUUACCCACAAUUCUUGUUCCUUGAUGUUAAGUGAAUUUACCCACAAUUCUUUUGCCUUGAUGCUAAGUGAAUUUACCUACAAACAACUCAAUUUUUGUUGACGAAUGACCUUGAUGAUGUAACUCUUUAAUAAGGGAAAACUUGAGAAAGGAAACGGGACUGCCUUACAGGGUGACCCGGGGGUGCCUAACAAAUACAUACAGGGUGACCCGGGGGUGCCUAACAACUACAUACAGGGUGACCCGGGGGUGCCUAACAACUACAUACAGGGUGACCCGGGGUGCCUACCUAUUACAUACAGGGUGACCCCGGGGGUGCCUACCUAUUACAUACAGGGUGACCCGGGGGUGCCGUAUCUAGUUGACAGAGGGUUGCCAAAACUUAUUUGUACAGGGUUGGAAAGGGUGCCUUAUUAACUUUACACAUGGGGGAUGAAACUAUUGGAUACAGGGUGGCACGGGGUGUCGUAUCUAGGUGACGCAGGGGUGCCUAUAUUACUUGAUACAGUGUGACAUGGGGUCUUCCUUACCUUACAUAGGGUCGUUGAUUGAUUACUUGUGUAGCGCUUGUGUCCAUGCCUACACUACUUGAUUCAGUGUGAAAUGGGGGCGCCAUCUCUCAUCAACAAAAUGGGGUGCCUAAACUUCAUAAUUUUUUGACAGGCUCACCCGAGUUUAGAGAGGGUGUGUGAGAUCUCUGGGGUCAAGCUCAAGAGGUUGUGGACAGACAGGCAAGGCAUCAUGCAUGGUGACACCCUCAGGUUCGCCAUAGAGAAGGACAAGGCCAAGGGCUACCACCCUUUCCUGGUACUUUCCCUUAACAUUCCCCUGACCUUUUAUAUCUCUGACCUUUUGUAUCUCUGACAUUGGUAUCUCUGACCUUUUGUAUCUCNAUCGAUGUGCCCUAGAUCAGUGGUUACCAAUGCGCUCUAGAUCAGUGGUUACCAAUGCGCUCUAGAUCAGUGGUUACCAAUGUGCCCUAGAUCAGUGGUUACCAAUGUGCUCUAGAUCAGUGGUUAUCAAGACCUUUAAAGUAAAACUCCAGACACAUUAAAACUAAUCAUUCAAAUUCUUUUGCUUUAAAAUCCUCGACGAAUCGCAACAAAAUUAUGUUCUUUAAAUUCACCUGACACAAACCACAGAACGUAUUACCAUGAUAUUAGCACUGAAAGGUUAUGACAUAAAGUUCCAUCUUAAUUUUUGAUAGGUAAGGACGUGCACACCUAUACAUUUUUUUACUUAGAGAUAAUCUUUUUCAGGAGAUCUAGAUCAAAAUCUUGUUACACGACGGGGAAACGUAGACGGCACGAGUGUUAAAGACCGCUGCCCUAGAGGAUAGGAUUCGCUAUGAAGUGUUUACUUCAAUUUUUUUCGUAAACAGGUGAUACCUAUUACAUACAGGGUGACCCGGGGGUGCCUAACAACUACAUACAGGGUGACCCGGGGUGCCUACCUAUUACAUACAGGGUGACCCCGGGGGUGCCUACCUAUUACAUACAGGGUGACCCGGGGGUGCCGUAUCUAGUUGACAGAGGGUUGCCAAAACUUAUUUGUACAGGGUUGGAAAGGGUGCCUUAUUAACUUUACACAUGGGGGAUGAAACUAUUGGAUACAGGGUGGCACGGGGUGUCGUAUCUAGGUGACGCAGGGGUGCCUAUAUUACUUGAUACAGUGUGACAUGGGGUCUUCCUUACCUUACAUAGGGUCGUUGAUUGAUUACUUGUGUAGCGCUUGUGUCCAUGCCUACACUACUUGAUUCAGUGUGAAAUGGGGGCGCCAUCUCUCAUCAACAAAAUGGGGUGCCUAAACUUCAUAAUUUUUUGACAGGCUCACCCGAGUUUAGAGAGGGUGUGUGAGAUCUCUGGGGUCAAGCUCAAGAGGUUGUGGACAGACAGGCAAGGCAUCAUGCAUGGUGACACCCUCAGGUUCGCCAUAGAGAAGGACAAGGCCAAGGGCUACCACCCUUUCCUGGUACUUUCCCUUAACAUUCCCCUGACCUUUUAUAUCUCUGACCUUUUGUAUCUCUGACAUUGGUAUCUCUGACCUUUUGUAUCUCUGACCUUUUGUAUCUCUGACCUUUUGUAUCUCUGACAUUGGUAUCUCUGACCUUUUGUAUCUCUGACCUUUUGUAUCUCUGACCUUUUGUAUCUCUGACCUUUUGUAUCUCUGACAUUGGUAUCUCUCACCUUUUGUAUCUCUGACCUUUUGUAUCUCUGACCUUUUGUAUCUCUGACCUUUUGUAUCUCUGACCUUUUGUAUCUCUGACAUUGGUAUCUCUCACCUUUCAUAUCUCUGACCUUUUGUAUCUCUGACCUUUUGUAUCUCUGACCUUUUGUAUCUCUGACCUUUUGUAUGCCUGACCUUUUGUAUUUCUGACCUUUUGUAUCUCUGACCUUUUGUAUCUCUGACAUUUUGUAUGCCUGACCUUUUGUAUCUCUGACCUUUUGUAUCUCUCACCUUUUGUAUGCCUGACCUUUUGUAUCUCUGACCUUUUGUAUGUCUGACCUUUUGUAUCUCUGGCCUUUUGUAUCUCUGACCUUUUGUAUCUCUGACCUUUUGUAUCUCUGACCUUUUGUAUCUCUGACCUUUUGUAUCUCUGACCUUUUGUAUCUCUGACCUUUUGUAUCUCUGACCUUUUGUAUCUCUGACCUUUUGUAUCUCUGACCUUUUGUAUCUCUGACCUUUUGUAUCUCUGACCUUUUGUAUCUCUGACCUUUUGUAUCUCUGACCUUUUGUAUCUCUGACCUUUUGUAUCUCUGACCUUUUGUAUCUCUGACCUUUUGUAUCUCUGACCUUUUGUAUCUCUGACCUUUUGUAUCUCUGACCUUUUGUAUCUCUGACCUUUUGUAUCUCUGACCUUUUGUAUCUCUGACCUUUUGUAUCUCUGACCUUUUGUAUCUCUGACCUUUUGUAUCUCUGACCUUUUGUAUCUCUGACCUUUUGUAUCUCUGACCUUUUGUAUCUCUGACCUUUUGUAUCUCUGACCUUUUGUAUCUCUGACCUUUUGUAUCUCUGACCUUUUGUAUCUCUGACCUUUUGUAUCUCUGACCUUUUGUAUCUCUGACCUUUUGUAUCUCUGACCUUUUGUAUCUCUGACCUUUUGUAUCUCUGACCUUUUGUAUCUCUGACCUUUUGUAUCUCUGACCUUUUGUAUCUCUGACCUUUUGUAUCUCUGACCUUUUGUAUCUCUGACCUUUUGUAUCUCUGACCUUUUGUAUCUCUGACCUUUUGUAUCUCUGACCUUUUGUAUCUCUGACCUUUUGUAUCUCUGACCUUUUGUAUCUCUGACCUUUUGUAUCUCUGACCUUUUGUAUCUCUGACCUUUUGUAUCUCUGACCUUUUGUAUCUCUGACCUUUUGUAUCUCUGACCUUUUGUAUCUCUGACCUUUUGUAUCUCUGACCUUUUGUAUCUCUGACCUUUUGUAUCUCUGACCUUUUGUAUGCCUGACCUUUUGUAUCUCUGGCCUUUUGUAUCUCUGACCUUGGUAUCUCUCACCUUUUGUAUCUCUGAGCUUUUGUAUGCCUGACCUUUUGUAUCUCUGACCUUUUGUAUCUCUGACAUUUUGUAUGCCUGACCUUUUGUAUCUGUGGCCUUUUGUAUCUCUGGCCUUUUGUAUCUCUGACCUUUUGUAUCUCUGACCUUUUGUAUGCCUGACCUUUUGUAUCUCUGGCCUUUUGUAUCUCUGACCUUUUGUAUCUCUGACCUUGGUAUCUCUCACCUUUUGUAUCUCUGACCUUUUGUAUGCCUGACCUUUUGUAUCUCUGACCUUUUGUAUCUCUGACCUUUUGUAUCUCUCACCUUUUGUAUCUCUGACCUUUUGUAUCUCUGACCUUUUGUAUCUCUGACCUUUUGUAUCUCUGACCUUUUGUAUCUCUGACAUUGGUAUCUCUCACCUUUUGUAUCUCUGACCUUUUGUAUCUCUGACCUUUUGUAUGCCUGACCUUUUUUCACUAACACCAACUUCACCAACGCCCUUUUCAGUAAGAAGAACUUUGAUCAAAUUAGAGGAUGCAUUUUCCAAGCACUUUUUCCAGUAAGAAUUUUUUUAAAUGCGAAAGUUAUGAGAUGCAAAUUUCUAUCAAAUAAAAAAGAUAAGUGGUUGAUAAUUUGCUCUCUUCUCUUUGAGGUCAUUGCCACUGUCGGCAGCAUCGCGUGUACCUCUGUGGACCAGAUCGGAAAGAUGGGGCCAAUAUGUGAGUAAACUAGUGCAACAUAUGGUCAAUACACUUUACACCAGUGCUACGUGACCCCUACUUACAUCAAUGCUUCAUGUUGCUACUGAUACCAAUCUGGCAUGACCUCUACUGACCUCACUGACAGUAAUGCUACAUACCACGCAUGGCUACUUCUGAAUCCAGCAGUCCACUUACGACACAUUAUAUCCACAGUGGACGCUGAAUUCCCCAAGAUCUGGUUCCACAUCGAGUCUGGCUACGCUGGGAGUUCUUUCAUAUGUAGGGAGUACCAACCAUUGUUACAUGGGAUAGAUGUAAGUGGUGUGUCAUAGGCGAGGUUAUUGGGGGUACCAACCAUUGUUACAUGGGAUAGAUGUAAGUGGUGUGUCAUAGGAGAUAUUUUUGGGGGUACCAGCCACUGUUACAUGGGAUAGAUGUAAGUGAUGUGUCAUAAGCGAUGUUAUUGGCGGUAUCAGCCCCUGUUACAUGGGAUAGAUGUAAGUGGUGUGUAACAGGCGAGGUUAUUGGGGGUACCAGCCACUGUUACAUGAGAUAGAUGUAAGUGGUGUGUCAUGGGCAAGGUUAUUGGUGGUAAUGCCACUGUUACAUGGGAUAGAUGUAAGUGAUGUGUCAUGGGCGAAGUUAUUGGUGGUAAUGCCACUGUUACAUGGGAUAGAUGUAAGUGAUGUGUCAUGGGCCAGGUUAUUGGUGGUAAUGCCACUGUUACAUGGGAUAGAUGUAAGUGAUGUGUCAUGGGCCAGGUUAUUGGUGGUAAUGCCACUGUUACAUGGGAUAGAUGUAAGUGAUGUGUCAUAGGCGAUGUUAUUGGUGGUAAUGCCACUGUUACAUGGGAUAGAUGUAAGGGAUGUGUCAUGGGCGAGGUUAUUGGUGGUAAUGCCACUGUUACAUGGGAUAGAUGUAAGUGAUGUGUCAUGGGCGAGGUUAUUGGUGGUAAUGCCACUGUUUCAUGGGAUAGAUGUAAGUGAUGUGUCAUGGGCGAGGUUAUUGGUGGUAAUGCCAAUGUUACAUGGGAUAGAUGUAAGUGAUGUGUCAUGGGCGAGGUUAUUGGUGGUAAUGCCACUGUUACAUGGGAUAGAUGUAAGUGAUGUGUCAUAGGCGAGGUUAUUGGUGGUAAUGCCACUGUUACAUGGGAUAGAUGUAAGUGAUGUGUCAUGGGCGAGGUUAUUGGUGGUAAUGCCACUGUUACAUGGGAUAGAUGUAAGUGAUGUGUCAUAGGCGAGGUUAUUGGUGGUAAUGCCACUGUUACAUGGGAUAGAUGUAAGUGAUGUGUCAUAGGCGAGGUUAUUGGUGGUAAUGCCACUGUUACAUGGGAUAGAUGUAAGUGAUGUGUCAUGGGCGAGGUUAUUGUUUUGGGGUACCAGCGACAGUGGCAUGGCACAGAUGUAAGUUGAGGCAGGGGGAGGACUACAGGGGAAACAACCGAUUUCAUAGAUGUAAGUAGUUAGUCAGGGUCGGAACCAUGGGAGGGAACAGGCCAUUGCUUCAUGGAAUGGAUGUAAGUUAUGCCUCAGGGCGGAGUACAUUUGGGGUAACGUCCCCUGUCACACGUUUGAGAUGUAGGUUGUUUGUCAGGGGAGACGUUAUGUGGGAGUGCCACUACUGACGCGUUGGGAGUAUAAGAUAAAGAGUAGGUUAGGCAGUGGCAGGGGUUAGCGAGCUCAGAGUGUAUUUUAUCUUGGCAGGGUCGCAAAGGCAACCAAUUUUAAUGUGUCCAAAGGUCCCCAUGUUUUUUGGUUUAUGAGCCCAUGUUUAUUCCAUACACAGUACGCCGACUCUUUCUCGAUGUCAGCUCACAAGUGGAUGCCAGUGCACAUGGACUGCGCAUGUCUGUGGUAGGUCAAGUGACGUUCAUGUCAUUAUAAUUAUAGCGUGUCGGUGCACAGAUCCCCAGCAUCACACAUGGUGGAAUACCUGUCAAUAGAGUAGGAAGGAGAUGGUGGGGCUGCACGGUGCGCUUCCGCCACGAACUUUUUUGUUUAUAGCGGAGGGCAGCUUUUUAGGCUGACAGGGGGGGGGGGGUUCCACGGGAAAUUGUCAGGUGUCAGGGUAAGGUCGCGGAUAACUUAGAUCUAGUUGUCAUGCCAUUGUUGUUACGUCAUGGGGAAUCAAUUUUUAGUUUUAAUGUGGAUUUUUGUUUAUGGGGGGGGGCAGUUUUUUGGGGGGGGAGGGGGGGGGGGGGUUCCACGGGAAAUUGUCAGGUGUCAGGGUAAGGUCGCGGAUAACUUAGAUCUAGUUGUCAUGCCAUUGUUGUUACGUCAUGGGGAAUCAAUUUUUAGUGUUAAUGUGGACAUAUUUAGGAUUUUGAUGACAAAUUAAAAUUAGGGUUGCAAUGGGGACGAAUUUAGAUUCAAGAACGGGGCAAUUCUCGAUUACAUCCAUGUUCAACCAGUAUGGUCGUAUGCAAUAGAAGUUUACGGGUAAAUCUGAUGGUUUUUUUGUGUACAAUAUAGUUGUUUUUUUUUUUGUGUGUACAAUAGAGUUGUUUGUUUUUAUUGUGUACAGGGUCAAGAAAACUGCCCACCUAACACAAACAUUUGCAUGUGAAGAUCCCCAAGGACCCCUGUACAUCCCAGCAGAUGAUAAGAACAUCAUGGCGGAUUACAGGGUAGGUCCGAUGAUACUAGACUAAAGAGUUGGUCCGAUAAUAGUGGCAUAUAGAGUAGGUCCAAUUAUAUUGGCCUAUAGAGUAGGUCCCAAUUUAGUGGCCUAUAGAGUAGUUUCAAUUAAAGUGGCCUAUAGAGUAGUUCAAAUAAUAGUGGCCUAUAGAGUAGGUACCAAUUUAGUGGCCUGUAGAGUAGGUCCAAAUGUAGUGGCCUAAAGAGUGGGCCCAAUAAUAAUGAUAUAGUUAGGAAGAAACAGAUAUUAUUAUUUUUUUUUAAAAGCUAAAAAAACAAAAGAAAAAAAAAGAGUGAAAAUCAUCAUUCUGGUGCAUUCAACCAAUCAUCUGUUUAGACAAAACUACGGCCCGCGGGCCAGAUCCGGCCCACCUGGGUUACCGUAAAUCCGGCCGGCCUGGCUGCUGUAAGUGUACCUCGCAGGGCGCGACAAAUAUGAAACCAGACACUGAUCAUCUCAUUAGCCAUACUUUUCUUUGAAACUCCAUUAACUUUAGGUUGGAUCUAUGUUUCCUUCUGUUUAAAUUUGCUAUUGUUGUUGUUGUUUUGACUACAAAUGAUAUAUGUGCAGUGCGCAUUGAUUUAAGAUAUGUUCAGUGUGCAUAAAAUUAAUUCAUAUUAUUUUCAACUAUGCCACUACCAUUGUCCGAGGAGACUGUUCUGACCCUUUAUUUUUAAAAAGUUUGAGAACCCUUGGUAUGGAGCCAUCUCCCAUAAAAUGAGAUAAUGAAACGUUGCAAUACGUCAUAUUGAAAUGUUCAAAAGUCACUAUUUUCUUGGUCCCUGUUCGCAGUCCUGGAGUCUGCCAAUGACGAGGAGAUUCCGGGCCAUGAAGCUCUGGGUCGUCUUUAAACUUUACGGAGUCAAGGGACUUCAGCAGAAAAUAAGGGAGGUAAGAGGUAUAAAUAAAUAAUCUUGAUUUAUUUUCAUGGUUACCUCCCGUAGACCAGCCCGGCGAUAUGAGUUAAAUUCAUUCAUUUCAAUCAAAUUAUCAGCAUUGUCCACCAUGUUGUCCUUAGAAUGUUUUCCCUAAUGUUGUCCUGAAUGUUGUCCUUAAGUUUGUCCUUAAUGUUGCCCCCAAUGUUGCCCCCAAUGUUGUCCUCCAUGCUGUCAAAAAUGUUGUCCUUCAUGAUGCCCCCAAUGUUGUCCUCCAUGUUGUCCUCCAUGCUGUCCUCCAUGUUGUCAAAAAUGUUGUCCUUCAUGAUGCCCCCAAUGUUGUCCUCCAUGUUGUCCUCCAUGAUGUCCUCCAUGAUGCCCUCCAUGUUGUCCUCCAUGUUGUCCUCCAUGUUGUCCUUAAUGUUGUCCUCCAUGUUGCCCCAAUGUUGUCCUCCAUGUUGUCCUCCAUGCUGUCCUCCAUGUUGUCCUCCAUGCUUUCCUCCAUGUUGUCCCCAAUGUCGUCCUCCAUGUUAUCCGAAAUGUUGUCCUCCAUGCUGUCCUCCAUGUUGUCCUUAAUGUUGUCCUCCAUGUUGCCCCGAUGUGGUCCGCAAUGUUGUCCUAACUGUUGUCCUCCAUGCUGUCCUCCAGGACGUGAGGCGGGCCAAAGAGCUGGAGAAGCUGAUUGCUGAGGACCAUCGGUUUGAGGUGCUUGGUGACGUCAUGUUCGGGAUAGUACCUUUCCGGUGUAAGGUAGGAUUGUGGGAUGGCAUUUGCCCAAUUUUAUUCUGUCACGUGUACCGUGCUGUCACAUUGACCGCACUGUCACAUUGAUCACACUGUCACAUUGACCGCACUGUCCCAUUGACCACACUGCCACAUUAACUGCACUGUCACAUUGACCACACUGCCACAUUAACCGCACUGUCACAUUGACCAAACUGCCACAUUGACCGCACUGUCACAUUGACUGCACAGUCACAUUGACCGCACUAUCACAUUGACCACACUGUCACAUUGACUGCACAGUCACAUUGACCGCACUAUCACAUUGACCGCACUAUCACAUUGACCACACUGUAACAUUGACCGCACUGUCACAUUGACUGCACUGUCACAUUGACCACACAGUCACAUUGACUGCACUGUCACAAUGACCACAUUGUCACAUUAACUGCGCUGUCAGAUUGACCAUACUGCCAUAUUGACCGCACUGUCAUGUUGACCGCACCGCCACAUUGACCACACCGCCACAUUGACCGCACUAUCAUGUUGACCGCACUGCCAUAUUGACCGCACUAUCAUGUUGACCGCACUGCCAUAUUGACCGCACUAUCAUGUGUAACAUAGAGUCAAAGUAAGGAUACGGUUGUCAAUAAAAGACAACAUGUUUAGUUUGUUCUGAUUUCAGUGUCGACACCACUUCAUCAAAAGCCCAUUUGUUACCAUGGUGAUUAAGAUGGGAUGCAUGACAAUGUGUGUCACUCAGGGGCCGCGUCAUGUUUGUAAGCAAAGUGCUUCCUAAUUUUUGUCUGUCCUCCAACCUUUUAGCCCAGGGUCUCCAACUUGUUAGCCAAGGGACUCCAACCUGUUAGCCCAGGGACUCCAACAUGUUAGCCCAGGGCCUCCAACCUAUUAGCCCAGGGCCUCCAACCUGUUAGCCCAGGGUCUCCAACCUGUUAGCCAAAGGACUCCAACUUGUCAGCCAAGGGUCUCUAUGCAUCACCACAGUGACCAUUGUUAAUAUCGUUAGUUUCAUUGAAUUAUUCGGGACAUUCAAAUUGCAUGACUUUUUUUUUAAAAUAAGGACCAGCCCGGCAGUCCUUUAUAAGAUUAUCUGACCUCUGGUCUUCUCCUCUGACCAGCGUCCAGACAACAAUGACAUCAACUACGAGAUCCUGAAACAGAUCAACAAGACAGCGGUCAUCAAGAUGACCGGUGCCAGGAUAGGCUUCAAGUACUGGCUGAGGUUCGUCGUGUCAGGGAGGUACACGGACUCAGAGGAUGUUAAGUUCUCGUGGGACAUGAUCCGUCGGACAACCAACAAAGUAGGUCAAUGGUCAGUUGAAAGAUACGGGCUUGGUCAGUUGCUGGUUGGGGGAUAGUGGUCAGUUGUAGGGGGUGGUGUACUGGUCAGUUGCUGGAUGGGGGAUAGUGGUCAGUUGUUGGAUGUGACUUACUGGUCAAUAGCUGGGUGGGGGAUAGUGGUCAGUAGUUGGAUGUGGUGUACUGGUCAGAUGCUGGAGGGGAUAGUGGUCAAUUGUUGUAUGUGAUGUACUGGUCAGUUGCUGGGUGGGAGAUAGUGGUCUGUUGUAAAAUGUGAUGCACUGGUCAGUUGCUGUGUGGGGGAUAGUGGUCAGUUGAAGAAUGUGAUGUACUAGUCAGUUGCUGGGUGGGGGAUAGUGGUCAGUUGUAGGAUGUGAUGUACUGGUCAGUUGCUGUGUGGGGGAUAGUGGUCAGUUGUAGGAUGUUAUAUACUGGUCAGUUGCUGGUUGGGGGAUAGUGGUCAGUUGUAGGGGGUGGUGUACUGAUCAGUUGAUAAAUGGCGCGUAGUGAUCAGUUGAAGAUUGUGAUGUACUGGCGAGUUGCUGUAUGGAGCACAGUGGUCAGUUGUAGGAUGUGGUGUACUGGUCAGAUGCUGGAGGGGAUAGUGGUCAGUUGUUGUAUGUGGUGUACUGGUAAGUUGCUCCAUGGGGCACACUGGUCAGUUGCUGGAUGGGGAAAAUUGUCAGUCUUUGGAUAGAAAGUAGUGGUUAUACUUGAGGAUAUUUGGAUAGAGGAUAGUGGACAUUUUUGGAUAGAGAAUAUUGGUAUGUUUUGAAUGGAGAAAUUGGUGACUAAUUGGCUGUAGGAAAGUGGUCAGUUGGCUGGAAGAUUUUGGUCGUCUCUAGUUGUUAGACGGGUCAGUUGUUCAAUUCUCAUUUUGUGGACUAUGAAUGCUGAUCUGUUGUCUAAAAAAAUGAAUGUUGGUCAAAUGUUGGGUAUGGGACGUGUACAUCUUUAAUAACAUAUCAUUCUCAAAGAUGUCUGUCUAUGUUAUCAUAACCUGUCUAAGAUGUCUGUCUAUGUUAUCAUAACCUGUCUAAGAUGUCUGCUUAUGUUAUCAUAACCUGUCUAAGAUGUCUGUCUAUGUUAUCAUAACCUCUCUUAGAUGUGUGUGUAUUUUAUCACAACCUGUAUUAGACUUGUGUUUAUGUUAUCACAGCCUGCCUUAAAUUUGUGUCUAUGUUAUCAUAACCUGUCUAACACUUGUGUCUAUGUUAUCAUAACCUGUCUAACACUUGUGUCUAUGUUAUCAUAACCUGUCUAAAACGUGUGUCUAUGUUAUCACAAGCUGUUUUAACACGUCAUUCCCCUAGGUUAUCGCUGAAUACACAGAGAGACAACAUAAUGAGGACCGCUGUGGGAUGCCGGACUAUCGUCACGUGGUCAUGAUAGGAAAGGAGAAGAGGAUGGACCAGUCCGAGUCAAAGGAGGAGGACUCCCUACAUCAGCUCAGACAGUUCGAGUCAUUCCAGAGUUAGGAGUCAGGCAGUUUGAGUCAUUCCAGAGUUAGGAGUCAGACAGUUCGAGUCAUUCCUGAGUUAGGAGUCAGGCAGUUUGAGUCAUUCCAGAGUUAGGAGUCAGACAGUUCGAGUCAUUC